AUGCUCUCCAAGAUAGUCUACACGAACAAUGUGAUUUAUGAUGGGGCUUUCAACCAUUUGGUACCAGCUUUGAUGGCUCAGACAGAAAAGAAUCUGCCUGCAAUGCAGCAGUCCUGGGUUCAGUCCUUGGAUUGGGAAGAUCCCCUGGGGAAGGGAAUGGUUACCCACUCCAGUAUUCUUGCCUGGAGAAUUCCAUGGACAGAGGAGCCUGACAGGCUACAGUCCAUGGAAUGCAAAGAAUUGGACAUCACUAAGCGACUAUCACUUUCACUUUUUCAUAACCUCCAGAGGGACGGGAGACUGAAGGUCAGUCACAUGGACAGUCACCCAUGUUAUGUGACCAGCCCACAAUAA